CUCCAUACGACUCAGGGCACGCUUUUCUCCUACAAGUUACAGAAGGACCUUAAAGAUUGGACACCAUUAAAACUUGUGGGGACAGAAACUGCAUUCCCUAGAACUGGAAUGAAUCCCACACCUCUUCUGCCGCAGCACCAACCACCUAAUCUUCCAAAUUUCUAUGACCGACCAUUCCCAGUCACUCCUCCUUAUCCAGUAACGACCAAGGAACAACGACCUACUUGCCAAUACAAACACACCAACACCACAAACAACACCGACGCUACCCUUUGUCAAUCACGCCUUAGCAAACCCAAUCUUCGUGUGCCAUCACCUCCAAUGUCAACAAGUUCCGGCUGCUCAAAGUCUUUUAGUGAGUGUUCCGAAGAAGAAGUAGAUUUCGUUCACCGACUUCCUCCACACAUUGAAACAAAGGUGUAUUAUCCGCCUUCGUCACUGAACCCUCUUCACUUCCUGCAGUCUUCAAAACGCAACCGAAGUGUUUUGGAUAACCGACGAAUACACAGAUGUAGCCAACCGGGAUGCAAUAAGGUCUACACUAAGAGUUCACAUCUCAAAGCUCAUUUACGAAUACACACAGGAGAGAAACCUUACUUCUGUCAAUGGCCGAGGUGUUCCUGGACUUUCGCGCGAUCUGAUGAACUCACGCGGCACUAUAGAAAGCAUACUGGCGCUAAACCUUUCCGUUGUCCUGCAUGUUCCAGAUGCUUUGCCCGGAGCGAUCAUUUACAGCUGCACAUGAAACGCCACGAAAUCAAGAACGACAACGCUCUGCCAGACUUGAAUCCAGAUGAAAUUGAUAUGCUCUAA